AAUGCUGAAAUACUACCAACUAGACGUCUAGACACCUAACCAAUACCUACAACUAAUUUAUUUUAAAAGAAAAACGAUGAGAACGUCAAAACCUAUAAAUACGCCCAAAUUUUCAACAAUUUUGCACUCGUAAAAUAACCAUGACUAACCAAAUCAAUCAUACUGUCUCUAUCUUCAUCUUCCUCACUAUACUCCUCACUCAUUACACCACCACCACCCAAUUUCCCAGAUUUGCCAAUGCCGGCAAAAUUCACAUCACUGACGAGCUCGACGACGUGAUCGAUGACGAGGAGGACGACGACUGGAAAAACUGGGGCAAGAAAAGACAAACCCCAUCACCCCAAUUAGACUUAAAACCUUCAGAUUUGGAUAAAAUGGAGCCUUCUCAGAUCCAAGCUGAGAUGAUGAAACACAACACUGGUCCCCUUUUUGGGUUUAUCAAGCUCAGAUUAGGCGUUCGUCGAACCCCGGAUGAGGUCUCCCAGUUAGCCAUGAAAUGGACCAAAGUUUCGAAAACGGGAGGUUUGGAGGUGAAGUUCAUGGGGGUGGAUCUAAGUACACUCAUGUUUACCAUGGAGGCAGGCCAACACAUGGGUGAGCUGAAGGAGUUCAUGUUGGAGCAACCGGAUGCAUAUGAAGUGAAGAUUGGGGACAAUGUUUACCGCAGACCUGGAGAUCCUCCACUGGAAGAGGUUAUUGAGAUGCUACGGGGAGAGACAGAGACAGACAAAACUCUUAAGGAGCAUGACAAGGAUGAACUAUAGCUGCUAAUGAACUCCUAGCUUGUGACUUUUCACUUAACUACUGUGAUUGAAUUCCGAUGAGUCAAGUGAAGGAACAAAUAAGGUGUCAGAAGAACUCCAGAAAUACUUAGCAGAAUCAAAGUUCAGUCGUUACUAUAAAAUAUAACAGCAGCAAUAUAUGUGAUUUGGAAUUACAAUAAAAGAAGCAAUUGUGUAGUACAAUUAAGAAUAUGUUUACGUAAAGAAUUCAUACUCAACAGGAGAAUGGGUAAAAACAUUAAAACAAAUUGUGAAUCUAUUUUAGCUUCUUACUGAA